AACAAAUUCAGUGAGAUUUUAAAAAUUACAACAGCAAGCUAAUUCAAAUGGAAUUGAAGUGUUAACAUCUAAACAUACUUUUCACAUAAACUAACUUAGGAGAAGAUGUUUAGUUUAAUAGUAACUUAACCUACGCAAGAUGUCAACAGAAGGGGCGGACAACUCGUGGGCCUACUCGAAACUUUCACUUCAGUCAACUCCAGAUACACGGAUCCUACAAGGGGCCAGAGGGGACAAAGAUGAGAGGAAAAUAUUUGCACGUUUGAAGGCCGAACUUGAGGCCAAAUCCAAGUCUAAACGUUUCUCUAAUCCCUUUGAUAAUGUCCCAGUGGAUGCCCACAGUAAAAUCUACAUCGCCUUCUUGCUCUCUGGGAUUGGCUACAUGCUUCCAUACACCUGUUUUAUCGUGGCUGUUGAUUAUUACCAGAGCCGGUUCCCCCACACAACGAUUGUGUUCGACAUGACAGCCACGACGAUUGUGGUGGGGAUGCUGGGGGUCAUCCUCAACAACGUGCUGGUCGAGACCCUCUCCCUCACCUGGCGGGUCAUGUUCGGCUACGUCAUCUCCAUUUCACUUCUGCUCUUCCUGACCAUCUGUGACGUCACGCUCAACCUGUUUGACCACGACACCGGUUACUGGGUCACCAUGACCGGUGUGGCUGUCAUUGCUGUCGGCUGUGCGGUUCAACAGUCAAGUUUCUAUGGUUACGCAAACAUGUUGCCUAGGAGAUACACACAAGGCGUCAUGGCUGGUGAAAGUGUUGCAGGUGUUCUGGUGUCGUUUAACCGAAUUGUCACAAAGCUGAUGUUGGAUGAUGAAAAGAUCAACACUAUCAUCUUCUUCAUUUGUUCUAUUGUCGUAAUUCUCAUCUGCUGUGGGACCUUUUUUCUGGCAAGGUGGACACAUUUUGUACAACAUCACCUGAGGUCGUGUAAAACAGACGACAGUUACGAGAGACAAGACACGGAAUUUAAACUGCAGCGAGGGACGAGAAACUCCCAUGCCGGCACGUACGACUCAGAGAACGGUCCAGUUACCGGAUUCAACGGUUACGUCCGUCAACAACCAGAGACGCUACAGCAGCCAGACGUUGUACACAGCGUGUGUCUCAGCGACGGCAGGGAGGAGUCUGGUGCCAUUGUGGACGUCCCGUCUGGAGCUGGGGACCUGGGCAGUUCUUCAUCGUUAGUCCAAGACAAACAGCUCACCUGUAAAGGUGGAUUGUCUGCACGCUGGGAGGUGGUGAAGCAGAUCUACCCGUACAUGACGUCAUUCGCCGUGACCUUCUACGUGUCAGUGUCCCUGUACCCAGGCAUCAUCUCAGAAGUUUUCAGCUGUCGUCUGGGCACCUGGAUGCCAGUUGUCCUCAUGGCGUGUUUUAACGUCACGGACGCCUUUGGGAAGAUGCUGACUGCUGUCAAACACAACUACACAAAGCUCCGCCUACUUAUUUAUUCUUUAGCGCGCAUUGCGUUGAUUCCAUUGGUUGUUUUGUGUAUAAUACCUCGUGCACGCCCUACACUUAGUGGAGAGGCGUGGUCAAUCUUCAUUACGAUACUGUUGGGUGUGACCAACGGAUUUUUUGGCAGUUUACCCAUGGUGCUGGCACCAGCGCAGGUCGCGCCACGUCUGCGGGAGUUAUGUGGAAAUACAAUGAUGUUGUCAUUCACGGCCGCCAUUGUUGCUGGAGCAUUUACGUCAUACGGCCUUGACCUGCUGGUGGGUCCCCAUCCUGACUUGGAGAUAUGCCACAAGAAUGCUUCGCUAUACCGUACAGGGGAUGUCCACAAUUCUUCUUUUGUGCACACAUAAAUGUUGUUUUCACCA